CUUUCUUGUGGACGACGACACCCACUCCUUCUGGAUCGACAAGCAAGAUAUUCAUAAGCGGCUAGCAGACCGCUGCCUCGAAUUGCUGUCAACCGGCGACACCCUUAGGAAGGACGUUUGCGAUCUACAUCAUCCUGGCACGCUCCGGUCCGAGAUUGAGCCGGGGAUUAUCGAUAACCGCCUGCCACCCGAGGUCCAGUAUGCCUGUCGAUACUGGGUCCAUCACUGGAAGGAGAGCAGACGGCAGAUACGAGAUGGUGAUCGGGUUCACCACUUUCUGACCGAUCGUCUGCUGUACUGGCUUGAAGCUUUGGGCUUAGCGGGGCGAAUCCGGGAAAGCUUCAACAUGGCAAACUGUCUGCUGGAUAUGCUCGAUCCGGAGAACAGCACCGCAAUGUCAGCGUUGCUUCAUGACUUACAGCGUUUUCUUUUAGCUAAUGCUACUGUUAUCGACGUAUCGCCUCUCCAGACCUACCACUCAGCUCUUCUAUUUGCGCCAGAAAGAAGUGUAAUACGGAGAUUACAGCCUACCAAGCAUUCUACUUGCGUUUUAUUGCUAUCACCAAUGAAUUUGGAUUGGGAUGCUUGCUUGCAAACGCUCGAGGGGCACAGCCAUUGGGUCGAGUUCUAUCGCAUUCUCGCCCGACGGCCAGAGGCUCGCGUCGGCCUCUGACGACAAGACCGUCAAGCUCUGGGACGCGGCGACGGGCGCGUGCCUGCAAACGCUCGAGGGGCAUAACAACUCGGUCUUUUCUGUCGCGUUCUCGCCCGACGGCCAGAGGCUCGCG